UAUUCAAAGAAAGAAGAAAGAUUUGACAGAAGAAGGAAGAAGAAAAGAAAGAUUAAUGGAGUUAGUAGUCAUUCCAUUUCCAGGCAUAGGCCAUUUGGUAUCAUUAUUGGAGAUGGCAAAGCUGUUAGUCGACAGAGAUACUCGACUUACUGCAAAUGUCAUCGUCAUCAACAUGCCCGAAGGCCCUCCAAUCGACAUCACUUCCAUCAAACAAUCCAUCUCCACCGAUAGAAUACGUUUCAUCGAAAUCCCCAAGGACGAACGCGAUUCAACCCGUGAGGUCAUGAAGAACACCGCCACAUCCUUUACCAAUUUCAUCGGGACCCAGAUACCCUUCAUCCAAGACGCAAUCACAACACACGUUAUCAAACGCUCUGGAUCAGGCCGCCUAAUCGCCUUUCUUGUUGACAUGUUCUGUGUUAGCAUGAUGGAUGUAGCCGAACAGGAUUUCCGAGUUCCUAGCUAUAUAUUCUUCCCAUCUAAUGCAUCUCUACUCGGACUUUCUAACCAUCUACUCACGUUAAGCGAUAAUGGACAGGACAUCACCGAUUUCAAUGGGUCGGACGCUGAAUUGGAUGUGCCGGCCUUCCCAAUUCCGUUUCCGGCUAAGGUUCUUCCGUGGAGGGUGAUGGAUAAGAAUGGUGGGUCAGCUGCGUAUUUAGAUCUCGUUAGGAGUUUGAGAAGGGCAAAGGGGAUCGUAGUGAACACGUUCUACGAUGUGGAGCCGGAAGCAAUAGAAGCUAUAUUGAAUGAUGAAGGAUCCCCACCAAUUUACCCAGUUGGUCCGAUUCUCAAUCUAAACAAGAGUGUCGGAGAAAAACGCGAUGAUAUUGUGCAGUGGUUAGACCAGCAGCCUCCGUCGUCUGUAAUAUUCCUCUGUUUCGGGAGCAUGGGCAGCUUCGAAGAUGCCCAGGUGAAACAGAUGGCCAUAGCCAUAGAACGCAGCGGCCAUCGAUUCCUUUGGUCAGUUAGGCGUCCUCCAACGUCGAGCGGCGGAAAGCCUUGGUUAACCAGUGAAUACAAUGUGUUGGAGUUGGAAGAGGUUAUGCCGGAAGGAUUCUUUACCCGGACGGCGGAGAUCGGGAAGGUGAUCGGUUGGGCUCCUCAGGUGGACGUGCUGGGGCAUAAGGCGGUGGGGGGUUUUGUGACGCAUUGUGGGUGGAAUUCAACAAUGGAGAGUUUGUGGUUUGGAGUGCCGACGGCGUCUUGGCCAUUGUAUGCAGAGCAGCAAGCGAAUGCGUUUCAGAUGAUUAAAGUGCUGGACCUGGCGGUGGAGAUUAAGAUGGAUUAUAGGAAAAAUUGGACUAAGGGUGGAGAGGAUAUCGUUGUGGAGGCUGGGAUUAUUGAAAACGCGUUAAGGCAGCUGAUGGAUGAAGAAAAUAGCAUAGAGAAUCAAGAUAGGCGGAAGAGGGUUAAGGAGAUGAGUGAGAAGAGCAGGAAGGCGGUCCAGGAAGGCGGUUCAUCCUAUUUGUCUUUAGGCCGGUUUAUUGACGAUAUUACCAACAUUCCUGCCUGAUCUACUUUAAUUCCCGAUCUUGGUUUUAUUGUGGUUUUUUAUUUUUAUUUUUAAAACAUACUAUCCCAUUUGAAUUUUAAUUUUAUUGUGAUA